CUAAGACAUCCAUUUACUACUCAUCAACCCCGGGUACACUAUUAAUAUCGAGUAAUAUCGAUGAAAAUGGUCGAUAAAAAAAAAGAGAUGAUGCUGAUUAAACAAACGAAGCUUUGAUGAGGUACACGUACACGAUAGAUCCUAUCACCGACCAGCGUUUAUAGCGUGAAUCCAAAUUAAUACGCAUCCCUACUUCAUCAAUCUCGAUCGUUUUUCAGGACAUCAUUUGCACUACCUACCCGCCACUACGUAAUUAUUAGUCACAAAUUGAGCGAGUAAAAAAACACUACAGAAAAUCUCGGAUUUCUUCUCCACAAAACCAGAAUCCCACUCCCUCCAUGUGAACACUGAACUCGAUAUGUUGACGGGACUGGCAACAUUCACAGUUCUCGGGUUUCUCCUCUCCUCUUCACUUAUGGUACAGGCAAAAAAAGAUUGUAUAUGUAUAAGGUGAAUCAGUGAUCCAGCAUUGCCGUAGGGAAAAAAGAAGAUGAAAUUAGAUUUUAUUCUCAAGCUUCAUACAUGGAGACUGUUUGUUUGGUUGCAAUUGCUACUGCUAGUGUGUCCUGGAGAUGGCCAAGCAGGAGAGGAAAAUUCUAGAUAUUUAAUUGGGCUUGGUAGCUAUGAUAUCACAGGGCCGGCAGCUGAUGCCAACAUGAUGGGGUAUGCUAACAUGGAACAGAUUGCAUCUGGAGUUCACUUUAGGCUUCGAGCUCGCACAUUUAUAGUAGCUGAACCGCAAGGAAACCGCAUUGUAUUUGUAAAUCUCGAUGCUUGCAUGGCCUCACAGAUUGUGACCAUUAAGGUUCUUGAGAGGUUGAAAGCUAGGUAUGGAAAUCUCUAUACAGAAAACAAUGUUGCCAUUAGUGGUAUCCACAGUCAUUCUGGCCCUGGAGGAUAUCUACAGUAUAUAGUGUAUAUAGUAACAUCUCUGGGUUUUGUCCGCCAGUCAUUUGAUGCUCUUGUAGAUGGUAUUGAGCAAAGCAUAAUUCAAGCCCACGAAAACCUGCGACCUGGAUCAAUAUUUGUUAAUAAAGGAGAGCUGUUGGAUGGUGGUGUGAACCGCAGUCCCAGUGCAUAUCUUAAUAAUCCCUCUGCUGAACGUAAUAAAUACAAGUACAAUGUCGACAAAGAAAUGACCCUACUAAAGUUUGUGGAUGAUGACUGGGGUCCGGUUGGUAGCUUUAAUUGGUUUGCUACUCAUGGAACUUCUAUGGGCCGUACAAACUCUCUAAUUAGUGGAGAUAACAAAGGAGCCGCUGCAAGAUUUAUGGAAGACUGGUUUAGCCAAAAAAGUACUGAAACCCGGGCCUCUAAUGCAUCCAAAUCUAGGAAAUUGCCAAGAAGGAUAUCAAACAUCAUCCCUGUUUAUAAGAAGCAUCAUGAGUUACUGGAGCUUGCUGCUUCGUUCCAGUCAUCAUCUGGUAAAGUAGCUACUAGGCUCUUGAGUGUUGCUCGGCGUGUAAGGUCUGCUCUCAGGCUUGCUGAUAAGCCUAGUUUUGUCUCGGCAUUUUGUCAAACCAACUGUGGGGAUGUCAGUCCAAAUGUGCUUGGUGCUUUCUGUACCGAUACAGGGUUACCGUGUGACUUCAAUCAAAGCACAUGCAAUGGGAAAAAUGAGUUAUGCUAUGGACGAGGCCCAGGAUACCCGGAUGAGUUUGAGAGUACACGCAUCAUUGGGGAGAGACAAUUUAAGAAAGCAGUGGAGCUUUUCAACUCUGCAACAGAACAGUUGAAGGGGAAAAUUGAUUACCGUCAUGCCUAUCUGAACUUCUCAAACCUUGAAGUGACCAUUUCGAAACAAGGCGGCGGUACUGGUGUUGUCAAAACAUGUCCUGCUGCAAUGGGGUUUGCAUUUGCUGCUGGUACAACUGAUGGUCCUGGGGCUUUUGAUUUCAAGCAGGGUGAUGACCAGGGAAAUGCAUUUUGGAGAGUGGUACGCAACGUACUUAAAACUCCUGGUAAGGAACAAGAGGAGUGCCAUCAACCAAAACCCAUUCUGCUUGAUACUGGAGAAAUGAAGGAACCUUAUGAAUGGGCACCUGCUAUACUUCCCAUCCAGAUACUCCGAGUAGGGCAGCUUGUAAUUCUCAGUGUACCUGGAGAAUUCACAACAAUGGCUGGGAGGCGUCUACGAGAUGCUAUGAAAACAGUUCUCACUAAUAAAUUCAACAAUAAUGUUCAUGUUGUGAUAGCUGGUUUGACUAAUACAUAUUCACAAUAUGUUACCACCCAUGAAGAGUACCAGAUUCAAAGAUAUGAGGGGGCCUCUACGUUGUAUGGACCGCACACGCUAAGUGCCUACAUUCAAGAGUUUAAGAAGCUAGCAGAGGCCCUGAUAAAUGAUCAGCCAGUGGAAGGUGGUCCACAACCCCCAGAUUUACUAGACAAGCAAUUGAGCUUCUUGACACCGGUUGUCGUGGAUUCAACACCUCUGGGGACCAACUUUGGAGAUGUCUUGACAGAUGUUCCUAAAAACUCCACUGUGAAGAGGGGAGAUUUGGUGACAGUUAGUUUCCACUCAGCAUGCCCCCGUAAUGACCUCAUGACUGAGGGUACAUUUGCCCUUGUGGAGAUCCUCCAAGGAAAGGAAUCGUGGGUUCCUGCUUAUGAUGAUGAUGAUUUCUGCCUUAGGUUUAUUUGGUCAAGACCCGCUAAACUCAGUGCUAGGAGUCAGGCAACCAUUGAAUGGAGAAUACCAUCCACAGCUGCUCUGGGUGUAUACAGAAUAAGGCAUUUUGGUGCUGCUAAGUCUCUCUUCAGCUCCAUUAAGCAUUUCACAGGUACAUCGAGUGCUUUUGUGGUGGUCGCUUAGGAAACUAGACUAAUGAUGUUUAAACUACUUAUUGCAUAAUCAUAAUUUGUGCUGAUCAGAAAUAGUUCUAUAAACCAUUGCUUCCACGCUUGUACUCCUGCAUACCUGCAUUAUUAUGCAGAGAUUAUUGAAUGAGAAUGCAAACUAACACUUCUACCUAGUAAUAGUGAUACACCAUGCAGAGUGG